CUCGCUUCCCAGCCUCUAUUCCUCCCUCGCUUCGCUUUUGUUGCAUCUCACUCAGCACUCGCAGAUCGCGCACUGAGCGCCUGCCUCCCCUGUAGUGUCUCCUCUCGAUCUUCCCUUUCCCUUGCCUUGUCUUCGUUCUUUCCUGCUCUCUUUCGAUUUCUCUAUUGCAUCCUGGCGUUGGGUGCACUGCUAGUUUGACGGUGUUCUCCUAUCGUUUGCGCCGCAGUUUGGGUUGUGCGAACGGUUGGUCGAGUGUAAGCCAGAGUUGGAGGGUUUCUGAAGUUUUUGGGUUAACCAGGUUUGUUGUGAUAGAAGAGUUGCCGUUGCUAUCGUGUGUGGCGUAGUAAGUUUUGGUUAGAGAAGUGGAGAUUUGAGAGAUUUUUGAGAGCUUUUUUUUGCACGGCGCUCAAUUAGACGGGUUUGCUCUGUCCAACUUGCUAACUUGCAACUGGAUCUGUGUGUGGGCAUUCCGCUACAAUCUGCUACGUUUUGAGUGACUUUCCUGCAAUCGCCGAGUUUAUGUUUGUGUGGUGUUUCGGAGAUGAGCUGUUGAAGAUACUUUACUUGCACACAAGCCUGUUCUUCGCAUUUCUUCGUCACCGUCGUCAUUUGCUGUCUAACACUACUAUCGAAGCAUCUGUCUUGCUUGUCUACUACAACUUUAUUUGCGUCGUCUGCUCCGAGUCGUCGGCCAGACUUUUUUAGAGAGCAUUUGGGAACAGCCGUCCUCACCAUUCAAGUUUUGAUUUUGAGGGGUGUUUCUACGGAAGACGGUAGUGGAAGCGGAGGUAUCACAGCGGGUGGACGUUUCCCAGAUCUCUGGAUGGGGCUUUGGGUGCAGGUAGUGCAACGGGGAAUGAUUUCAGUCACCAUCCAUAACAGCGAACGUUUCACACAAGGCGGUGGGAGAAAUAGAAUUCAUGGGUGUGAAUGAGAGAUAGUGGGCGAAGAUUUCAGAGAUGAGCGACAACCAGUUUCAGGUUUGAAGGUAGUUUUUCAGGUUUUAUAUUCUAUUGCAGAGCUUGACUUUUGCUUUGACCGAUGGUACAAAGGAAAAAGUUGUUGCUCUCCUUAAGAUUGGGUUAGGAUUUCAGUGUGGUUACGGAACACCAAGGACUAAAGUUAUGAUCCCGAUGACACCCAGUUCUUCUGCUGCUGGCUACCGUGAGCACGAAGGCGCAGGCGAAGAAGGCACCUAUUGGCCAUCCGUGUCGCCUGGCGUUCCGCUCUCUACCUCGGGAGAUGAAGGUGCAAGUACCAAGGUGCGGAAGCCCUACACGAUAACCAAACAGAGAGAGAGGUGGACCGAGGAGGAACACCAAAAGUUUUUAGAGGCACUGAAGCUCUAUGGGCGCGCUUGGCGCAGGAUUGAAGAACACAUUGGCACGAAGACCGCCGUGCAGAUUCGGUCUCAUGCUCAGAAGUUUUUCUCCAAAAUAGAAAGGGACGUGACUGCGGGGCAAGGGACCGAAACAGGGGUAGCACAGGUGAUAGAUAUUCCCCCACCUCGUCCCAAGAGGAAGCCCACUCACCCGUAUCCUCGCAAAGCUGGUCGCAGCUUUGGUAAAACAUCUGAGGACGAGUGCCCUUUGGCAGCUGCAGGUUCGAUUGUUUCUUCUUCCGGUGUUUCCACUGCGAAUAUUUCAGAAGCUUGUUUAAAGGAAGGCGUGUGGGAUCAAGAUGAUACUGGAGUGGCUGGUCAUCAAGAUGCUGCCAAAGCAAAGAAAGACGCCGAUACCGCUCAUUCUUGGGGCGUCCCAAAGACGGUCAAUUCCGCCACUUCAGGUUCACCAACGGCUCGGCCUGUCAAUGUGGCUCUAAAUGGUGGACUGCCGCUUAACAACAUUUCGCCGGUUCCAAUUCCAGGUUUCCCAGCCAUGCCGCCGUGGAAUCGGCUUUUCGGUGGAGCGAUGAACCCGGCCAUGAUGAAUCCUGCGAUGUUGAAUUCUGCGAUGAUGAACCCGCAGGGUAUGCUUAUGCCUUGGGCUACAGCGCCCAACGUUCAAGGUCUUGAGAAUGGAGGUGCGGUCUCAGCCAUGGCGGCCACAAUCGCAGCCGCUUCUGCCUGGUGGGCUAUGCAAGGAGGUAUGCCGCCUGGUGUGAUGCAUCCAGCUUUGGGUGCCAUGUAUUUAGGGGCAGCACCUCCUCUUGCCAUUCCCACACCAUACAUUUUUUCUCAAUGCGUACCCCAAGAGAUCACUGUGGCUGCAGCUCCAUGUGCUGAUGGCAAUGAAGUUCCGACAGCACAGGUUGUGGAUGAUGGCCAGGAAGUCUUAAGCAACAAUAAUCACUCGAGAUCGAGUGCCAUGCGGAGGGCGGAGCGAGCACAGCGGGUGAAAGAGCUCAAGGCUCGGCGAAUGGGCUCGGGAAAUCAUUUGUUGUCUGUUUCGUCUGAUAUUUGUGCUUCCACUUCAGGAGGAAGCGGAACGAAUCUCACCACCCAGUUAACCGCUGGUGGACUGACUUCGGAAAGUGCCGUGAAUUCUCUCUCCAAAGGGAGCUCUCUUCCCGCAGAUCUGAGCAAGGUGAAGCAUGUUCUAAAUGGCCUAAUUCGGAAGGACAGGGAAGCGCCUGUGGAUGGUUGCUCUGCAGAUGACGGAGUCGACAAUCGGAAGCGACUUCGAGGAAGUAGACCCUCAGAUGAUACGGCAAUGCCCGAUGGGGAAGGAUAUCAUUCCACAUCUGGUCUAGGUCGUGAAGCUCCAGGAAGCAUGGAUUCUCAUUUAGAGAAGGUUCGGUCCGUCAGCGGCUCGAAUUCUAUACCCGGGAAGUUUACCAAGGUUGACGUUGAAAGGCUUGCUUGUGAUGAGAAAACUGCUCCUACCCAGGCUUCAUGUGGGAGUGACGUUAGUGAAGGUGCAGGUGUUGCUCCGAUCGAUGGUGAUGGUGAUGGUGAUGCAUCUGGAGGAGGUCCAAGCUCCAAUUCAUCAGCAUGUGGGAAUGUUCCCGGAGGUAAUGAGAGGUCAGGAUCAAGUGAUGGAUCGUCAGAAGGAGAAGCAACCUGCAAUGUUGAUAGACAACGAGAAGCAGGGAAGAACGGGACGAGUUCGUCUGAUCCUGAAGCUGAGGAAGAGGCAGAUGAGAAAGUUGGGAGAGCUGCCGAGCAAUUCACGUUCAACGAAUUUCUCCCGGUUAGUAAAGAUGGGGAUAAACACGAGAAACCUGAGACUUCAUCGAGGCUGCCAAGAACAGUGUCAAUCGAUGGGGAGCAGAGGAAAGAAGUCACCGAAAGGGGCCAGAUCGCCUUUCAGGCUCUAUUUAAACGAGACACUCUACCUCGGACAUUUUCCCCUCCUCCAGGCCUGGCUCUUGGUACAGGAACAAAAGAGGCUGCUAAACAGCAACCAUCUGUGUCUACCAUGAGCAGAAGCCUGAGCGCUAACGCGAUUACAUGCGAUAGCUUGGAGCUACGGACUUCACAACGGAAUCAUAAAGACCAAGAUAGUGCUUUCAAUACAUGGAAUCAUUUGAGAGGUACUUCCAGCGCCUCAAAGGUAGACCGGUGUGAAAGCGGCAUAUCUAUUCCAUCCUCGAGACCAACAAAAAGUUUAGAGGAUCUUCGGUCUUCUGAGCGCCGACGAGGCAGUCGGAAGGGGCGGUCGCACACUGGAGCCAACAACUGGCUCCAAUUGUGGACGGAUACAUCGUCUCUUGACAAAGAUGAGGAUGCAGACGAAGAUGACGAGGAAGACGAGAGUGCCGACUCGGGAGCAGAUGACGGUUGCAAGAAGCAACAACAAAAAGCAAGCUUUGUUUGCAAGCUUGAUAUGUCGAUUUCAAAUCAGGAGGUAGAACUCAUUUCUGAUGUAGAAGGUACGGGUGCUAGCAGCCUUAAUAUUAGUUCGACAGUUAGAAGUCAAACAUUGUUCUUGUCUGUAGGUACAGGUGGUUUGAAGAACGCUGUUUCGAAUGUGCCCACAAGAACUGUGAAAUACAGUGGCGUGGGAUUUGUUCCAUAUCAAAGAGCUUCCACCCGCACGGAGCCUCUUGUAGAUAAGCUUUGAUGAUUGAUGGAGGCUUCUUUCCAUCUUCAAUUUAAUUCAACACCUUAUUUCUUUUCGUGACAUACAAAAGUCACAUUCCACCAC